AUGAAUAGCCCUUUAACUUCAAUACCCGAUUUUCAAAGGUUCAUAGAGAUUUUACCAAAUAUCUAUCGAGCAACAUUUAGUCAAAAUUAUGCAAAACUAUCAUAUCCGAUCAACGUAUUUCUCAUUCACAUUCCCACAACUAAUGAUUGUAUUUUACUCGAUACAUCUGAUCCAACUAAUGCUAAUCAUCUCUUGAAUGCACUUUCCACUCAUUUCUCUUCUCAUCCAAAUUAUAAUUUAAAAUAUAUUGGACUAACUAACGAUAAUUAUGAUCAUACAGGCUCUAUAACCAAAUUAUUAAAGGAUUAUAAACAAGUUCAAGUGCUAUUGGGAGAAUCAAAAGAUGGAAAUUUGUUAAAAGAUUUGUGUAGAAAAGAUGAAAUUGCGGAUAGAUGUCAGAUUAUUAAACAGGAUGACGAAGGAGAAUUUGAAUUUUAUGACAUCCUUAAACCAAUAUUUACAUUUGGAAAUCCAUCAGGUUCCCUUUCAUAUUUACAUAUUCCAACAAAUUCGGUUUUUAUUGGAGAUUUGAUCAUGAACAUUUCAUAUUUAUCAUAUCCAUCUAUUACGCUACCAUUAGCUUUAACAAAAGUUCAGUUAAACAAUGUUAAAUUAGCCAUAACUCAAAUUUUUCAAUUAGAAAAUGUCAAACAUAUCUUCCCUUCUCAUGAUUAUAGUCAUAAUGGUGUUGAAAUUGAUUUGUUUAGAGAUUUCGUGAAAAAUUCUUAUUUAUAA